AUGCGUUCUCUAGCAGAGAAGCGCAGCUGCUGUGUUUGGACAUGCACGCGAGGCAAGAGCCGCCGCGACAAGCUGCUGCCCGGAGGUGGGUUGUUGACGUUCUAUCGAAGAAAACAUGGAGUUCUCUUUGCUCUAAACGAAACUUUGCUCACGCAAAAAACAUCAGAGCUUCGUCUCCGGAAAAACAUUUUCUGUUCGUUCCUGAGACACCAGAAUCCUCAAAAAGCUGUCUUGUGUCUCGUCUUCUCGCGCUGCAGCCUCCUUUCCGCUUUUCUCUGUCUCUGCUUUUCACUUCUUCUCCUUUUCUGUUCUGCUUGCCCUCUCUCUUUGUCCCUUCUCUUCCUCCGCUUUCCGGCAGUUUCGUUUCUCUCCUCGUUCUGCCUCUUCCGCCUUCCGUCACCCCCGUGUCUGCAAGAUCCUGAGGGUCUGUUCUCCGUCGACGAGCUGUUUUGCGGCUCUCUCGCUGUCCGUGAGAGGUUAGAGAAAACCGAAGAUUUUCUUCCUCCUUCUCUUCUCGGCAUCCCUUCUGUGGCUUCUCGCGAACUCUUCGUGCACUCUGGGCGCUCUUCUCUCGGCGGAGGCCUGGACGUUUUUUGUCAUUCUCUGCUCCAAGUUCUUCUCUUGCGCUUCUCACUGCCGUGUUUUGCCAGCGUGCGUUGA